GCUACCCCUCCCAGAGGUCAGGAUGUCUGGCUACUGGACCACCAACCAGGAGGGGAAUGCCCGGCGCAAACUGCUCUGCCCUACAGAGACGCACCCCAUCGAUAUAAAGGUACUAACACACACACACACACAGUUUAUGAAGUGCAUAGUGGCUAGAGGUUUCUAGACAGGGCCAUCGAUUUGUACCCUUGACUUUGUGCACUUGUGUGUGUGUGUAGGGGCCAGUGUUCCUACGUGUGCAGGGCUACCCCUGUGAGAGGCAUGAGUCCAGAGCUCUGAGCUUCACCGAGGAGAAAGCUACCUGGCAGAUCCCCAUGAACGAAGUCAACAUAGUCUGUGACGUCACCACCAACAACGGUAGGAGAUACAUACACACACCACACACAUGCAUUUAAACACAGCACACACACACAUCGCAAUCUAAGUGGCUACACGUAACCCAGUGUGUCUGCACGCAAUGAGAGAACAAGAAUACACACAACCCCCACCCCCUCCACACACUAACACACACUCCUUUCUGUUUCAGAUGCGAUCUACAUGGCUACGUGUAACCCGGUGUGCCUGUUUGUGAUGAAGGAGAACGGAGACACAGUCCAGUGUAUGGAACUGUAUGAUGUCUUCCCCAGGACCAUCAGUGGAGUCUGGCAGCCCUUUGUGACUGUCGCUGCCCUGGGCAGCCCACUGGAGGGGCAGGUGGUGCUACAUGAGGAACAGGUAGGGGAGAACCCACAGACAAGCGCACACACACCUCAUAUAGUUCCAGACUAUGAGAGAUGACUGCAAACUGCUAAAUAUGCACAUACUGUAUACGCUUUCAUAACACAAAUUGUUAUACAGCUUUUACAUAUCAGAAGAGAAAUACCCUGGUUUUGGAGAGGAGAGGAAAACAGAAAGAAAGAUAGAAAGUGAGUGAUAGUAUAUAAUUUCUCCUGUCCGAAAAAAAACAGAACUCCAGACAUCAUAACAGAGGUUAUACAGAGGUCAUGGCUCUCUCAGGGGAGAAAAAAUUAAACAAGAAAUAAAUGUUUUUAAUGGAACACUGUCAGCUAGCCAGAACACACACAUGCAUGCACACACACACUCCAGCACCAACUCUCAAAGAGUGACACUUGGUUUCUAUAUAUAUAUAUAUAUAUAUCAGAGUUCAAGGAGCUAUGCCAUAAGGAAGCUAUUACAGUAGAGUAGAGGGAGGGGUUAGUACUGGGAUUGCUCUUCCCCUGCCCCUUGGCUUUCCCCAUAAAAAGUGAACUGAAGAUUAAGCAGUGUGCGUCGUGAAUAAAAGCCUUGGCUUAGCUGAGCGAGACACUCUUACACGCACGCACGCAGACACGCACGCACAGCGACUACUGACUGUAGUGGAAGAUUAACACUGGAUAGUGGCGCCCUCUGGUGACUGGGGUGUGAAUGGAUGAAUUAAUCUGAUGUUUUACUGCUCUUUCUAACCAAGUAUGCUAUCUCUCCUCUCUCUCUCUCUCUUCUCUCUCUCUCUCUCCUCUCUCUCUCUCUCUCUCUCUCCUCUCUCCUCUCUCUCAGAGUAACACAGUAUUACAUCUAGACGUAUUAACAGGAGCGGUGAGGAGACUCAUGCUGUCACAGGAGACAGAACAGCCCGCCCCCAAAGCUUCCAAUUGGUGGAGCAGCAGCAGCAAGGAGACACAGGUCAGAGGGACACAGACACAUCAUUCUCAUUUAAUAUUUGAGGUCUCAUACCCACUGAAACUGCAUUCGGCCAUCUGACCACUUCAUUUAUACCACUUGUACAACAAAAUUCACAAGAUAUAGUCAUACAUGAUAUACCACAUACACAACAUACAGUAUGUCAUACAUGCGUAGAUGUUUUUUUGUGAAUAUCUCUCUAACAGAACAAUGACUUGAGACAACAAAACAGGUUGUCACCUGUGUACUGUACACUACGUAAUCCAGAAUGUUUUUUUUUAGGGAGGUCAUAAGAUGUGCCGGGAGUUUGCCCACAAGAACUGGCUCCUGUUCUACAAAGAGGGCGGGUAAGCUCAGCUCAUUGCUACGCUACCUCCUUCCCCUUUGCUUUUUGGAAACUGUAAAGUGAAGUGUGUCCCUCCUGUGUUGCUGUAGUAACCAGUUGGAUGUGCUGGAUGUGCUGGAGGGCCGGGUUCAUACCAUCUCCCUCCCCAUCAACCUCAGCAAGGUCUUUCUGGUGGCAGAGGAUCGCUGGCUACUGGUGGAGAGCAACACCAACAAGUAAUUCAUCCUCUCCUUUACUUCUUCUUUCCUCUUCUUAUCUUUUCUCUUCUCAUUUCUUCUCUUCUCCUCUGCUCUUUUUCUAUCCUCAUUCAUCGGAGUGGGAUGGUGUUUGUGCUUACAGGAAGUUCCUGCUGACCAAACCCAUGCACAUGGGAGCAGAGGACUCUGGGGUAUGUCAGCUACACAGCGUCAGUGAGGACGGCGUCAGCACCGGCCAUGGAGCCAGCUCAGGUAACACAACAGAACACUCAACAUAUAAGGUGAGGACAUGAGUCAUUUAAUGUCCCGGACACUAUGUCCAUACCCGUCCUCAACUUUCUUUCUCCUCCCCAUCCCCCCCCCCCCCCCCCCCCCCCCCCCCCCUCCUCUCUCUCUCCAGGUGAGGUGUGUGUACCCCAGACAGUGGGUAGUGACCAGCUGCCUAAUGAGAACCUGAGUGCAGCCCUGGGUCAGAAGAUAGUCUCUCCCAACCGCCUCCUCUCUGACACCUCCUCCUACGCACGCAUCAUAGUGGGCUUCCCUGACCUCAUGGUGAGAGACCAGCGUAUAUCGAUCAAUUAGAGAUAGUACUGGGACCUUUCAUUCGAGAUUUCAUUAGUUUUUGUUUAUAGCUAUCAAUACUUUUUGAUGAGAAAUAUCUUGACUUUUGGAUAGAGAUAUACAGUAUAUGAGGACUUUUGAUGAGAGAUAUAAUUACUUUUAAUAAGGGAUAUCAUGACUUUUGAAUAAAGAUGUCAUGACUUUUGAUUAGAGAUGUGAAGUUAGAAUCGCUUUGUUGUUUCUCUCUUCCUGCACUGUAGUCUCCUAAUGAGGUGUACAGCUUUAAGAGGGACAUGGACCUAUCAGAGAUGAGGGGCGGGGAUUCGGGAGGUCAAAUGUUCUUCCGGGGCGGGCUGAAAUCCAGCGUGGCCAAACGGACCAACUGUGUCAGUCUGCUGUCGGCCAAUCAGGUGGUUCGGGCCCUCCCACCUGGACAGGUGCCCCUGAAAGACAUCUUCCCCCCAGGUCAGAGCCUCACCGUACAAUAACAUAACUAACUGAAAGACAUCUUGCCCUCCGGGUCAGAGCCUCACCGUACAAAUCACUUAAAUUCCACUGAAAAGACCAUAUUCCCCCCCAGGUCAGAAGCCUCACCGUACACUAACAAAAACUAACUGAAAGACAUCUUCCCCCCAGGUCAGAUGCCGCACCGUACAAUCAUAACUAACUUAAAGACAUCUUCCGCCCCCAGUUCAGAGCCUCACCGACAAUAACAUAACGUAACUGAACGACAUCUUACCCCAGUUCAGAGCCUCACCGUACAAUAACAUAACUAACUGAAAGACAUCUUCCCUCCAGGUCAGAGCCUCACUGUACAAUAACUUAAUUAACUGAAAGACAUCUUCCCCCAGGUCAGAGCCUCACCGUACAAUAACAUAACUAACUGAAAGACAUCUUCCCCCCAGGUCAGAGCCUCACCGUACAAUAACAUAACUAACUGAAAGACAUCUUCCCUCCAGGUCAGAGCCUCACUGUACAAUAACUUAAUUAACUGAAAGACAUCUUCCCCCCAGGUCAGAGCCUCACCGUACAAUAACAUAACUAACUGAAAGACAUCUUCCCCCCAGGUCAGAGCCUCACCGUACAAUAACAUAACUAACUGAAAGACAUCUUCCCUCCAGGUCAGAGCCUCACUGUACAAUAACUUAAUUAACUGAAAGACAUCUUUACCCCAGGUCAAAGCCUCACCGUACAAUAACAUAACUAACUAAAAGAUAUCUUCCCCCCCAGGUCAGAGCCUCACUGUACAAUAACAUAACUAACUGAAAGACAUCUUCCCCUCAGGUCAAAGCCUCACCGUACAAUAACAUAACUAACUAAAAGAUAUCUUCCCCCCAGGUCAGAGCUUCACUGUACAAUAACAUAACUAACUGAAAGACAUCUUCCCCCCAGGUCAGAGCUUCACUGUACAAUAACAUAACUAACUGAAAGACAUCUUCCCCCCAGGUCAGAGCUUCACUGUACAAUAACAUAACUAACUGAAAUACAUCUUCCCCCCAGGUCAGAGCUUCACUGUACAAUAACAUAGCUGACUUUGGUGUAGAGACAACUGAGUCUGAUUCAUACCCUUAACCUGGGAUACUCAAUAAUUUGUUUGUUUGUGUGUGCGUGUGUGUGUGGGUGUUUGUACGUUUGUGUCACACAGACGUUACACCCCCGAUGACCGCUGCCUACCUGGAGGUGACUGACCUGAACUCCAAGAAGCUGAAGUAUAUUCCUGUCCCAAGGUAUAUAUGGACUCUGGUAGCACACUAUCCCAAAUCCACACAUACAUAGCCCCUACCUCCCUAUACACAUAUGUGGAUCUGAAAGGAUUGGAUAGGUAUAAGCAAUAUGGUGAGAAUUCCACCUAGUCUGUCAGAGGUCAAGGUUGAGCUACGUAUGUUGCUAAGUAACCAGGAAGUGACUGCCCCUCAACCUUGUUGUUUUUCAACUUUUGUAGUUUUUUUUAUGGUUUUCAAUGAGUGAAAACGUAGCGCAAUGUUCUUCAAGCACAAAAACUUCAUAAAAGGUAUCUGGUAAAAGUUAAUUCAUCCACAAAGACGAAUAUAAUUGUAUAUAUCUUAAAUGACCGCGUAAGUCAUUUCAUUAAUUUGAUGAUAUAAUCGUGAAGCCCGUUCAAAACAGCAUGGGAAACAUAAGGAAGUGGCCGUCACUUUCACAGAGAAUACCUAUCCAAUCCCUUCCGAUCUACAAAGUGUCGAGGGGCUAGAGUGGAUUUGGGAUUGGGAGAAGUUGAAAUGUUAAAGCAUACUGUGUCUCCGCCAUCCUCUGGUUUACACGAACCCUCUCAUCGGAUUGGUUAGUUGUCUUGCCCCCUCUCUCUCUAAUUUGUUGUUUCAUCUGAUUGACAGGUCUCUGAGUGUCUCUCCUUACACAACGUGGAUUUCGAAGGUGUCCGACACUGACGUGCUAUUGGCCGGUCUGGGCUCAGGGGGCGUGGUCACGGUGGAUAUGGGCGGGUACGUGCGGCUCUGGGAAACAGGAUUGGACAACCUGCAGCGCUCCCUGCUGGAAUGGAGGACCAUGAUUGGCUCAGAGGACAGCAGGCCCAUACAGGUAGGACUGGGAAUGGUUCAGUGAGGUGAAAUGUUCUGAACUUGUUGAUAUAUAGAAAUAUAAUGAAUAGAGUUGACUUUAAGAUUGUACAAAUCCUGUUAAAUGUAGCAGUAGUAGCCUGUAUCUGUAUCCUUCAAUGUUCUGAAAACUAAAACUGCAGCCUACAUCCUGUAGUCCCUAUUGUCACAACCAGGAGGCAAUGUUGUGUCACAAAUAUUCACCAUUAUAAGGGUGAAUAUUUGUGACACAACAUUGUAUAUUAUACAAUGAGUGUACAAAAUGGUAAGAACAACCCCCCCCACCCCCCCCACCUUUGCGUUCAGAACAGCCUCAAUUCGUCGGGCCCAUGUUGACUCCAAUGCUUCCCACAGUUGACACAAACCGGGGUGCCUGGCAUACCCCGUUCAAAGGCACUUAAAUAGUUUGUCUUGCCCAUUCACCCUCUAAAUGGCAUAUAUACACAAUCCAUGCCUCAAUUGUCUCAAGGCUUAAAAAUCCUUCUUUAACCUGUCUCCUCCCCUUCAUUUACACUGAUUGGAUAUAACAAGUGACAUCAAUAAGGGAUCAUAGAUUUCACCUGGAUUCACCUGGUCAGUCUAUGUCAUGGAAAUAGCAAUUUUGUACACUCAGUGUAGAGUGUUGCUGAACCACAAACAGUCCUGGAGGCUGCAACCCUGUGUGGAACACUAGUUAGAGAGCCCUGAGGGAAAUGUAUUUCUCUCUCACAUUCCUCCAGUUGUAGUCUUUGUGAAUGAGCGACAGGUCAUCACUGGUCUUUCUUUGUUAAUGGGUAUAAUGUGAAGUAUGUUAAGUAUGAUUGUAGCACUGAUGUAAUGGAGUUGACCUGGCUUGGGUGGUGAGUAUAGACAGGGACACAGUGGCAGAUAUAUGAUGUGGUAUGUCAUAGACUUGGGUCAAAUACAAGUCAAAUACUUUUUGUACAAUGGAACCAAUGGGAUAGUCCCAAAAGUGCAAACCUCGUCAUAUGGUCUUGAAGGCUGGAGUGAACGCACAAUCGCACACCUGAUUAACUAAGGACCGGGAAUGAAGAGCACUAGUCCAGACUUAUGUUUGCUAAUGCAAACGAAAUAGGUACACAAAGCUUCUCUCAGGUCACAGGUGCAUGCGCACACACACACACACACGCGCACACACACACACACACACACACACACACACACACACGCACACACACACGCACACACACACACAAACAGGGCUCUUCAGAUGUGAGAGCCCCUCUCUUAGGCUAGAUUCCUCCGUCUAAUGGUGUUCUUUGAUGGCCACCUUGAGCACAUACAGCAUGGCCCUUCAAACACACACUUUCCCUAUGCUCUCUGUCUGCCUUUACCUUCACACACACACACACUCACACACACACACUGACUCACUAUGCCUUCUGAAAACACACAUGCAGCCUCACUAUACUUGAGGCUCACUAUGCCGUCUGCAAACAGCGGGCCUCCUCUUGAACAUGGCUGAGAGGUAUUUUAUCUGUCUACACACAUGAAAACUCUCUUCCCCUGUACUUACUCAAACACGUUGCUCUAUAACAUGGCUACACACACAUUCACACACACUAUCAAACGUUUCUGGCCGAAACAUACACACACACAGUCACACGCAUGCACAAACGCAUGCACGCACGCACGCACGCACACACACACACACAGUCUUGUACAGCUAACCUUUCAAUUCAGUCCCAUUCAAAAUCCUAUUUUCCCUAACCCUAACCCUAACCUGUACUCUUACCCUUACCCUAACCUCAACCCUAACCCUAACCUUAACCCAAAAACCUAACCUUAACCCUAACCCUAGCUCCUAACCCUAACCCUAAAACAAACCCUAGCUCCUAAUCCUAACCCUUAACGUAAUUCUAACCCUAACACUAAUUCUAACCUUAACCCUAAACCCCCUAGAAAUUGCAUUUGACCUCGUGGGGACUAACAAAAUAUCCCCAGUUGGUCAAAAAAUGUUUAGUUUAUUAUUCUUGUGGGGACUUCUGGUCAUUUACAUUUUAUUUAUAUAUUUUUAUUACAUUUACAUCAUUUAGCCGACGCUCUUAUCCAGAGCGACUUACAAAUUGGUGCAUUCAACUUAUAGCCAGUGGGACAACCACUUUUCUUUUUAAAAAAUGUUGUGGGGGAGGGGGGUGGGGUAGAAGGAUUACUUAUACUAUUCCAGAUAUUCCUUAAAGAGGUAGGGUUUCAAGUGUCUCCGGAAGGUGGUCAGUGACUCCGCUGUCCUGGCGUCGUGGGGGAGCUUAUUCCACCAUUGGGGUGCCAGAGCAGCGAAUAGCUUUGACUGGGCUGAGCGGGAACUGUGCUUCCGUAGAGGUAGGGGAGCUAGCAGGCCAGAGGUGGAUGAACGUAGUGCCCUCAUUUGGGUGUAGGGUCUGAUCAGAGCAUGAAGGUAAGGAGGUGUCGUUCCCCUCACAGCUCCGUAGGCAAGCACCAUGGUCUUGUAGUAGAUGCGAGCCUCAACUGGAAGCCAGUGGAGUGUGCGGAGGAGCGGGGUGACAUGAGAGAACUUGGGAAGGUUGAACACCAGACGGGCUGCAGCGUUCUGGAUAAGUUGUAGGGGUUUAAUGGCACAGGCAGGGAGCCCAGCCAACAGCGAGUUGCAGUAAUCCAGACGGGAGAUGACAAGUGCCUGGAUUAGGACCUGUGCCGCUUUCUGUGUAAGGUAGGGUCGUACUCUGCGAAUGUUGUAGAGCAUGAACCUGCAGGAUCGGGUCACAGCUUUGAUAUUAGCGGAGAACGACAGGGUGUUGUCCAGGGUCACGCCAAGGUUCUUUGCACUCUGGGAGGAGGACACAAUGGAGUUGUCAACCGUGAUGGCGAGAUCAUGGAGCGGGCAGUCCUUCCCCGGGAGGAAGAGCAGCUCCGUCUUGCCGAGGUUCAGCUUGAGGUGGUGAUCCGACAUCCACGCUGAUAUGUCUGCCAGACAUGCAGAGAUGCGAUUCGCCACCUGGUUAUCAGAAGGGGGAAAGGAGAAAAUUAAUUGUGUGUCGUCUGCGUAGCAAUGAUAGGAGAGACCAUGUGAGGAUAUGACACACACACACACACACACACACACACACACAUACACACACACACACACACACACACAGCUGGAGUGAAUGUGAGCCCUGUGUCCCUUCAGACCAGGAUCAGGACGUCCUGGGUAGAGCGACAAAUCUGACCUUUAACCCUCUCUGGUCACAAUGACAAUAUCUGUCCAAUGACCACAUAGCUGUGGAACUCUAUAGCUACCAGCUCAGGAUUGGCCAACUGCCUUAUUGCAGUGCUGCCAUUUUAACCAGGCUAACUAAAGGGGACAAGGAAGCAAAAAGUAAUAUGAUCUGACACUGAUAAUACUGUAUAAGAGAUUCUAUGAAUUGACUACAGUUAUCAAUGGAUGGCCGCCAUAUCAGUGUCUGCUAGUUGGUAUGAGGACAAAGGCUGACAUUCCACAGCUUUGAUGUAUAGGCGCCGAGAGACGGAUACUUGCACACACACACACACACACACUGAUAGACAGUGUUUAAUUAGGGAAGAGCACUACUGUUUUCCAUUGAUGGGGGAGAGAUAGAUGCGGUAAAGAGGUCAAUGGAAUGCAAACCAUGGGGCAUAAAGUAUUACAAGCCCUAGAAAUAUCCAAAGGAUGAACAAUGAGACAUUUUUUAUUAUGAGAACAAACAAGAUGGGUAUGGAUACUGUGGGAACAUGUAGGUUUGAGCUAGUAUGAUGUCAUAAAUGUUUGUUGAAAUUUACGUACGUCUGAGUUGGUGUUUUUUGGGGGGUUUGGGUAUAUUUGGCUGUUUUCACUGCACAACAUUUAGAGGUUUAAAAGAAGUGACUGCUAAAUGCUAACUCACAUUCGUAUAAGCUGGUAGCAUAGCUAGCAUACAGAAAUCAGUGGUGGUAGUCCAAGUUGUUUUUAGCUGUAAUGCAGUUGAUUGGUGAUGACAUGAACAUGUAUUGGGGUUGACAUCCAUACAAGCAUUAUACUCAGAUUUUUACCUCAACAUAGUGUGAAAUACACAUUUAAGCAAUCUGUCGAUGUGCCCUUGAGAAAGGCACUUAAGCCUAAUUGCUCCUGUAAGUGGCUCUGGAUAAGAGCUUCUGCUAAAUGACUAAAAUAUUAAAUAUACAAUAGCCUAAAUGUAGCCUAAUUUUGCUGGGGGGCAAUGAGGAGAUUCGGUAUCUUUCCCCCACACGUUUCCAUGGCAUUUCCAUUGUUUUGGUCGAAUUCCAUUGACCUCUUUACCGCAUCUAUAGAUGACAGUUCAUUAUGACCUCAUAAUGGCCCUAUUCACACACAGCCAAGACUUCUCCCACACACAUGCAAUGUGUGUGUAGGUGAGGUAUUGGCUGUGUGUGUAUGUGUUCUCUGAAGCAUCUGCUGCCCAUGUCCAACCACGCUGUAGUGAAGAUGGUGUAGUGUCUCUUUCUGACAUUUCUCCGUUGCACCAUUUCUGAAAUCACCCAUCAACACACACACACACGCACCACAUCCAUCAACACACAGUUUUGUUAGAAAGGUCUUGUAUCCACAGGUAUACACUGGUUCCCAACACACACACACAUACACACACACACACACACACACUUGCAUAUAUCUACACGAUACCAGUCAAUGAUAUCUGUACUGACGUUGUGUUGUCGCCACAGCUCAUGCCCCAUAAACCAUCUGUGGGCGUCUGCAGAAAGUUAUGAGCCUAUUAAUAUCGGAGGGAGGGAUGGAAGAGGGAGAGAGAGAGAGAGAGAGAGAGAGAAGAGCGAAGAGAGAGAGAGAGAGAGAGAGAGAGAGAGAUGAGGAGAUGAAGAGUAUCUCUCUUGCUCUACGACGAUCCAUGCUCGAUCUCGUCUAGCGUCUCGCUCUCUUCUCUCUCCUUCUCUGCUCUCUCUCUCUCUAGCUCUAUCGCUCUCUCUGCUCUAUCCUCUCUCUUCUCUCUCUCUUCUCUGCUCUCUCUCUCUCUUCUCGAGAGAUCUUUCUAUGAGAUGAUCUCCCUCUCCCUCCCCCCUAGUCCUACCCUUAACUUCCUUCCCCCAUGCCAGGGAUGUUGACUGGAUACUGGCGAAGAAUGGAAUUCGACCAUCCCUCCCUAUCCUCAGAAAUCCCAGUCAUUUCAAUGCAGAAAAUAUUAUGAGAAAACUAAAUCACCAGAACAAAAUGGUUUCACCCAAUAGUGUCUGUCUUGGGGAUGCCAGAGCUCCCCUGACAACCCAUAGUGUAUCUCUAUAGGAGUAAACAGAGGUGUUAAAAGGUUGUUUGCUGUUGCUUAUUAACCCUCCUCUAAACUGUUAGCCAAACACAGCUACUCACACCAUACCUGGCAGGGGAGAGGACAUACACAAGCAUCCUAUGGAUAAGGCAACAUCCUACCGAAAUGUGUAUAUCUUAAAUGUUUCUUAGCUUGUGCUGCCACUGCAGUUUGGUAGGAAUGCUCUAGUGUAGGUUUGGUAGCAGGUCCAGAUAGAUCAGAUGUAUUUUGGGCCGGUACCACCUGUUAGGCUCUCUUGGGCUCUCUCUCUUCCGCUUGGCCAAGGGGUAAUUUGAGCAGUGGGAGUGAGGGGAAGUGACCACACACACACUGCAGCUGCGGCCCAGUAAACCGCUGAUUCACCCCUUACUCACAGCAGCGGUAGCCGGAAUGGAGGCACAUGUGUCAGCCUCUACAGGCACACACGACCCAAGAUGGAGACGCAUGCACCAUUAGUCGCCGUUAUACGGGUGCUAGUGAUUUACUGUAUAGCGUCUAUAAGUCACGCAUGUCACUGGUUUACUGACACUGGUGACUCAAAAUGAGUCAUGCUCGGACACAUUUUUACUGACACUGAUGAGCCAGAAUGGAGUCCCAGUCAGUCAGUCUCCCUUUACAGAUGCUUAUGAGCCAGAAUGGAGUCCCAGUCAGUCAGUCUCCCUUUACAGAUGCUGAUGCAUCAAAAUGGAGACACGUGCUCGCCACCUUUCACCUCUUACAGGCAAUGAUCACUCCCAGCCUAUAUUUCCACCUCGAUGGUGUCCCCAUAGAAAUGCUUCUAAUUUAUAAUUAUAUGUAAUUAUAUUUCUAUGGGUGUCCCCUUCUGAAGUCUAGUUCCUCUGAAGGUUUUCCUUUGCCACUGCCACCUCUAGCGUUUUAUGGGUUUAGGGCCGGGUUGCUAGAAAGCACUUUGUGAUAAAUGUGUGUCUGCAAAAACACAACAGAAAUAGCAUUGAAUUGAUUGCUGUAGGAAGAACGCAGGUGCAGUUAACUGAUAGGGCAUAAGAAAGUGUACCAUGCCAAAGAAACUGGGGCUCAAACUUACUGGGUGAAGGACAACGAGCCACAUGAUGAACAUGAACAGUGUGUGUGUGUGUGUGUGUGUGUGUGUGUGUGUGUGUGUGUACACGUGUGUGUGUACACGUGUGUGUGUGUGUUCACAUGUGGGUGUGUGUUCACAUGUGGGGGUGGCACACAGAAUGCACCCAUCUCCAUGUAUGGGGCAGGUAUGCAGGUCUGCUACAACCAUGUGAGUGCACACACCCACACACACCCACACACACACGUGUGUAACAGGAUAGAUGUCCUAAGAGUUCUUCUAUGACGUUCGUUAGUCACCUCUAACCUUUGACCCUUUUCCUCAUGGCACGUGCAUGAAACACACACACACACACACUCUCUCUCUCUCCUGCAGUUGUAUACACAGACACUCCUGUAUAACAGAGCAGACAUAUGGCCUUAUCGCUCUCUGAUACAAUAACUAAUGAGUCAUAUCAGGCUUAGCUGUAUAAUCUGCCCUAUAUAUAGAGAUCAGCUGAUAGACUGAACCCUGGGCUCAGCCCAUAGGGCUCUGCUAGAGAGUGUGUCACAUUGUAGAGCCUCUAAUACACAGCAGACUCUAUGUAGCUAAAUAUGGAAUGUAAUAUUUGCAAUAAUAAUAUAUGCAAUUUAGCAAACGCUUUUAUCCAAAGCGACGUACAGUCGCGCCUACAUACAUUUUACGUAUGGGUGGUCCCGGAAAUCGAACCCACUAUCCUGGCGUUGCAAGUGCCAUGCUCUACCAACUGAGCUAGACAUUCAGACUCCUUGUACACAGAAUGACAGGGUCGGAACUAGAUGCCAUAGGGACAGUUGAAAAGGUGGGUGUUGGUCAGUGGAAAGAGGGUGGGGUCCAGCUAGGCGAAUGUUCCUCUCAGAUUAGGCUGAAUAAACACUUUCAACGGCUCACUCCAUGAUACAGCAAAAACACUACAACAACAUCAAAACACCUCACACACACACACACACAAAGGGGAGUAACGGUCAAAUCCUUACUUAUUCAAGGAAAAAUUAUAUCAUGCUAGUCAGAUUAUAUGAGAACAUUUGAUUUGGACACAUCAGUUGUCAAAUUGCUAUAAGAUUCUGAGCUGAAUCCACACCUUAGUCAGUGUCAUGGCACCUGGCUUCCAAGACUGUGAUCUUGACUUAGCCAGAGUGUAUGUGUGAUCUUGGCAGAGAGGAGAGUGUGAACAAGAGAGAGUGUGUGAGCAGCGCGCAAGAGUGUGUGUGUGAGCUCUUGGCUGAGAGAGUGUCACUGAGCGGGAACUCAAAUGUUAGGGGCCCUGACCUCUCUCCUCCUCCUCCCCCUCUCCGCUGGAUGGAUACAGAGCCUGUUCUGUCCAUCCUGUCUUCAGUGAAAGAGAAGAGAGAUACAUUGCACAUUCUCUCCAUCUCUAGCUGAAUGAAAGAGAGUACUCUGAGAUGUGGCACUGUGUGUUACUGUGUACUGCAUACUGAUAGAGUUCUGGUGGAAACAUGUCUGCAGCUGAAGAGGGUUUGGGAUAGGGGGUGUUUUUGAACCGGGCAUAAGAGUACCCUUCCACCUCCUCUCUCUCUCCUUCUCCCUCCUUCUCUUCAAUACCCCCCUCUCUCUGUCUCUCUGUCUCUCUCUCUCCCCCCCUCUCUCUCUCUCCCUCUCUCUCCCUCUCUCUCUCUCCCCCUCUCGCCUCUCUCUCCCCCUUUCUCCCCCCUCUCUCUCUCUCUCUCUCUCUCUCUCUCGUACUCUCUCUCUCUCUCUCUCUCUCUCUCUCUCUCUCUCUCAGAUUACCGUCCAGAGGGACAGUGGUCUGGAUGUGACAGCCCCCAAACACGGCAAGGUGGACCCCAAAAACGACCCCCAUGUAGGGGGCAACCAGUGGGCCGGGGGUACAGGUGGGUCAACACUUUGGGUCAGAUGAUAGUAGUAACAGGCAAUAAAAUAUGCAAUAAAAUGUGUGUGUCCCUGUGCAUCUGUGAUGUGUAAUACUUCUAUUUGUCCUGUAGGGGGCAGAGACACGGCUGGCCUAGGUGGCAAAGGGGGACCCUACCGUUUAGAUGCGGGUCACAAGGUGCACCAGUUGUCCAAGGCUGAGAUAGAUGCUAUCCCCGAGGACAUCCGCAGAGCAGCCAGAGAGAUGGGAGAGAAGGCCUUCAAAGAC